CACAACGGUUUUCAGGAGCAGAGGGAAUCUUCCUCAUGUGUUUCACGAUCGACCUGGAAUUGUUAUAUGUUCUGUACCAUUCCCAACGACCUAUGCCAUGGCCUCGCUCAAAGUCACCUCAUCUUUUGCCAUGUUAAUUGUCCUUCCAAGCGCCCUCGUUCGUCAUGGAUCAAAGCAACCCGUUGAUCAACAUCACGCUGUCUAUGUUUGAACCGGAAAGAAACUGUACUGCAGCUGGCGCCUUUGCUGCUCACCUCCGACGCUCUCUGGGCGAUGACGACAGCCUUCCAGUGCGAACGCUUCGAGAGUUCAUUCUUUCUUGCAGCAACACAACGAUAGGGAAUUUCACAGAUGGCAACGCUGUUGACUGGUACCGCUAUACCGACGCUAUUUCUUCCGCCGCGUUCGACAACUUCACAGCCAAUAUCCAGAAUAAAACCUCUCUUUGCUGGCAAAUUUUUUGCGAGAAUAUCAUAUCCAACGCGAUCUCAACAUUGGGAGCUUGCUACGCUUUUUCACGCGGACAAUGCCAAACCAUACGCCACCUCAGGACAUGGAGAGUAGUUGCUCGGGGUCCGAAACCGAAACGGACAGUGCAACUGGUCUAGUUGAAGGCGGAUACCGCCGCCGCGAGAAGACAAGCACUUGGUAGAAUAAGCAGUGAUGGCCAUCGUUUCACAACCAAGACAGAUACCCAAGGAGGAAAUGAAGGAAGGAAAAAAGACGGGAACCACACUCC